AUGUCCCAGACUCCAGACACAAUCAGCGACACCAAAACGAAGGACCAUGAGGCCACCCAAAAUCACAUCAUGCUCGUCGACACCAUACAGCACGGCGACGUGGAAAACUUGAAGCUACCCGUCAUGGACAAAGUGGAUAAGUUCGGUGCACAUGCGAAGACAGACCCUCGAGAGAUAAAGCUCGUGAGGAAACUGGAUUACUACAUCAUGCCUAUUCUAUGGUUCAUGUACACAUUCAAUUACCUGGAUCGCAACGCUAUCGUCAACGCGAGACUCAACAACCUUGAGGCAGAUCUUGGGUUACAGGGAACACAAUACAAUACUUGCGUGUCUAUUUUAUUCGUCGGUUAUAUGUUCCGAAUUUCCCUCGUUAUGGCAGGUUUUGGUUUUGCCUGGUCGCUUGUCAGUCUUUUGACAUUCUUGGCACACGACUACAGCAGUAUGAUGGUCCUUCGCUUCAUUCUUGGUAUUGUCGAGGCUCCAUUUUACCCUGGGGCACUAUAUAUCAUCAGUUUGUUCUAUACGCGCAAGGAGAUCGCUUUCAGACUCGCUAUCCUAACCACUGGUAAUAAUUUCUCUGGAUCUUUCGCAGGCCUCAUCGCAGCAGGCGUCUUUCAGCUGGAUAAGAAGCUUGGAUUGACUGGUUGGCAGUGGCUAUUUAUCAUCCAGGGUGUUUUUUCGGCACUUACCGCUCUCAUGGCCUUCUGGCUUCUUCCCGAUAACCCCUUGACCACCAAAUGGCUGACCGAAGAAGAGAGGCAACUCGCCCACAACCGUAUCCUCAUCGACACAACUGAUAUACAAGAAAGCACCAGCGUCUGGUCCGGUCUCCGAUACGCAGCUACUGACUGGCGUACCUGGGCGAUGACUCUGAUGUACAACUUGCAUGUUUCCUCGCUUGGAUUCCAGAACUUUAUCCCCACCGUCAUGCUGGGCCUCGGAUAUAGCCGGAAUGUAACACUUGCCUUAACGUGCCCACCUUUCUUUCUCGCUGCCAUCAUUGGACUUAUCAUCUCCUGGACGUCGGGUCGCUGGAACGAGCGUACUUGGCAUAUCGUGAUAUGCAAAGGCAUCGUAAUAAUUGGCUUCAUUAUUCCCCUCGCCACCAGCAACUUUGCCGCGCGCCUAUUCAGCAUCUUCCUCUUUGUGGGCUUCAGUUUCGGCAUUAACAAUAUCCUGUUGGGGUGGAGCAGCGCAACUCUUGGCCAGACCAAUGAAAAGAAAUCGGUGGCGCUUGCCAUUAUCAAUAUGCUGGGUAACUUAUCAAAUGUGUACACUCCUUACCUGUGGCCCGCGUCGGAUUCGCCGCAUUACAGGACCGCGUGGUGUGCAAGUAUUAGCUUCGCAGUCGGAGUGAUUGUCGUAGCGCUGUUCAUGAAGUACUCUCUCAAGGCUCGAAACAAGAGGAUACUGAUGAACAAUGCGGAGGUGAAGAACCUCUAUGUAUAUUAG